CGGGUCUUCCGGGAAAUGUGCCGGCAUUUGGUUUUGGCCGGGGGCUAUGGAGGCUGUGCGGUGCGUUGGGCACGGCUCCCUAUGCUUCCUGAAAACAGGCGUCCGGGAUGGGCCGAGCCGAGGGAAAAGCUUCUAUGUGUGCGGGGUCCAGGACCAGCCGCCCUGCGCGUUCGUCACCCCCACAGACCUUCCUCCUUCCCACUGCUUGAUCCAUGAGAAGUAUAUGGUGGAGCUGCAAGUUCUUAUUCAGCAGCAAGACAGAGAAGAAUACAGACUGUUUUAUCGAUGUCUUAAGAGUAAGAAGGAUGGAAAGAGGUGGUGUGGAAGCAUCCCUUGGCAGAAUCCAAAAACUUCCCAGUUGCCCACUGAUUUGGGAUGCCAUCAUGCACCAGCUCUACUCUGUAAUCUCAAUGGUCCACGAAAUCCAUUCAAAGUUCUGAACAAGAAUUGUGAAGUGUCUUCUUGGAAACAAAUAAAUGAAGAUACCACAGAAAAAAAUACAGCAGGAGGAGGAAAACAGAAGGCAGAAAAAGCACAAGCAUUAGAUGCAAAGGAAAAGUUGACAUCAGAAUUUGUGAAAGGGAGAGAGCUGUCAGCAGAAAUGAAGAUUAUGAAGAAACAAUCUGGAGAGAAGAAGGCAGAAGCUGGGGAGGAAGCCUGUUCCCAAACUAAAUCAAGUCAGCCUGAGACUCAGAAAGAGGGAAACCUUUCUUAUGAUGGACAGAAACAUGGUACCUGCAAAGAGCCUGCAAAGUUUUCUAAGCAUGUGGAGAAGGCGGCAAGUGCAACACUAGUGGAGGAUGUCUUGUCUGGAGAAGGGAAUAGAAAGCCUUUGUCUUCAUGCCCUAAGAGUCAAAAGGCAGACGCUGCCCUUCUGAGAGAGGAACAGCUCCGAAAGGAAUGCUCCAUAGCCCAUGAGGACAAAUGGAUAAAAGUUGAGGGACAUGCUGGUGAGGAGAUCUGUGAGAAGAACCUGACAGCUAGGCAGAGCGUGAUUUCACAGAAGACUUCAACCACAUCAGAGCCAUCGACAUCAGUAUUCAUGCCACCUGGAGGUCCUCCAGCACAGGCAGCACCACCAAAGUCAGGAAUAGUGCCCAGGGUGGAGAAACGUAGUAGUGGACACUCUGGCACCAACGAAGAUGAAGUUGUAUUUGUUUCUCCCACGCUGGGGGAAAGCCAGGCUGAUAGACCAAAGCUAGAUGUGCAACAGGGGGGCAUUCCUGCAAAAACGUCAGGGAGAAGUGAGCAAAAUAUUCUCUCCAGUUUCCCAGGACUUGAAAUAUCUUUGCCAAAGGGAGAAGCAUUGGACUCCAAAGGCCUUCACAGCCACCUUCAAAUCCAGCUGAAACAGAAGAAGAGCACUUUGGCAGCAGUGAAUGUUCAGGCCCUGCCAGAUAAAGGUGAACGGUUACUAAAGCAAGUGCAGGAUUUGGAAGCUGCACUCAGUACUCUCAAUCUCUCGUCAGCAGAAAGUGAAGUGGAAGAGAACACCAGGGACAGCAAAAACCAUGAUGAACCGCUAUCCAACACAUCCAGCAGCCCAGGCACUGAACCAACAAAUAUUAUGCAGCUGAAAAAACAGCAGCCAUUUCAAGAUCCCUUUGCUGCCUCUUCUCUGGGGUUGCAUUGCCGUGGCCCAGUUCCCUCCCUGGGGUCCAGCAAAUACUAUGGUCAUGUUUAUCGAGUAAAUUCCAGUAUGCAAAACCUGUAUGGGGGCAGAAUGACUGAAGAUCGGAUGAAGGCUGUGCGUGACGCCACAAGUGAUGCCAUUGACCAUCUCUAUAAAUCUCUGGAAUCUUGCCCCACAGAGGAGACAGUUGCCGCUGAUCCAUCUGGGCUAAGGGUCUCAUUGCUGGUGCAUCAGAAGCAGGCCCUGGCAUGGUUACUCUGGAGGGAGAGCCAGCGACCAUGUGGAGGAAUUCUGGCGGAUGACAUGGGCUUGGGGAAGACCCUAACAAUGAUUGCACUCAUUCUGACCCAGAAAAAUCAAGCGAAGGGGGAAGGAAAGGAGAAGAAAUUAGAAAUGUGGCUGUCUAGACAUGAUUCCCCUGUUGAGCUGUCCCAUGGCACUUUAAUCAUUUGUCCUGCAUCCCUGCUCCAUCACUGGAAAAAAGAGAUUGAGAGGCAUGUAACUAGUGGCAAACUGAGGAUCUAUCUGUACCACGGACCUAACCGAAGCAAAGAUAUAGCAGUACUAUCCAAAUAUGACAUAGUUGUCACCACCUACGGCCUUAUCUCCAAGGAAGUGCCCACAAAAAAGGAAGAGGGAGAGGUCCCUGCAGAGUACCACAGUGUGGAGGAUACAUCAUCUCCCUGUUCCUCUCUGCUCCGCAUUACCUGGGCUCGGAUUAUACUGGAUGAGGCCCACAAUAUCAAGAACCCCAAAGCGCAGACCUCUUUAGCUUUGUGCAGGCUGAGAGCUAAUGCAAGAUGGGCUGUCACCGGAACACCGAUCCAGAACAAUCUGCUGGAUAUGUACUCACUGCUGAGGUUCCUGCGUUGCUCUCCCUUUGAUGAAUUCAAGGUGUGGAAGUACCAAGUUGAUAACGGUACAGUGAAAGGAGGAGAGAGACUGAGUAUCUUAACCAGGAACCUCUUAUUGCGGCGAACUAAGGACCAGCUAGACUCAACUGGCAAACCUCUGGUAUCUCUGCCUCAGCGCCAUGCUCAGCUGCACCAGUUAAAACUCUCUGAAGAUGAGCAGUCUGUGUACAAUGUGCUUUUUGCAAGAUCAAGGUCCACACUGCAGUCGUACUUAAAGAGACAAGAGCAGAAGAGUCAAGCCAAAGAAUACCCUGGUGGUAACCCCUUUGAUAAAGCACAAGAAUUUGGAGCUGGCCAAAAAGAUGUCUCAGGAGGGGCCUCCCAGGUCUCUAGUACGGUCCAUGUCUUGUCCAUGUUGCUGAGACUCCGCCAAUGCUGCUGCCAUCUUUCCCUGCUAAAAAUGGCUCUGGAUCAAGCUAACUUGAACAGUGAUGGCAUCUCCCUUUCCCUCGAAGAGCAACUCAGCGCUUUGACUUUGUCUGAACUCCAAAGCCCUGACUCCAAAUCUACAGUCUACCUCAAUGGCACAGCUUUCAGUGUGGAUCUUUUUGAAGUCACGAGACAGAGCACCAAGAUAUCUCAUCUCCUGGCUGAACUGAAGGCCAUCCAAAGUCAUUUAGAAUCCCAGAAAAGUGUCAUUGUGUCUCAGUGGACUAGCAUGUUGAAAGUUGUGGCCAUCCAUCUUGAGCGUCUGGGGUUGAAGUACGUGACAAUAGAUGGUUCUGUAAAUCCUAAAGAGAGGAUGGAUGUAGUGGAAGAGUUCAAUACGAAUCCCAAAGGGCCUCAGGUGAUGUUGCUCUCACUCAUAGCUGGAGGCAUUGGCCUUAACUUAACUGGGGGGAACCACCUUUUUCUCCUUGAUAUACACUGGAAUCCUGCCCUUGAAGAUCAAGCCUGCGACCGCAUUUACCGUGUGGGGCAGCAGAAGGAUGUGGUAAUACACAGGUUUGUCUGUGAAGGAACAGUAGAAGAAAAGAUCUCAGAGCUCCAGACCAAGAAGAAAAAUCUAGCUCAGCAGGUGCUGUCAGGCACAGGAGACUCCUUCACCAAGCUAACUCUGGCAGACCUCAAAAUUAUCUUUGGCAUCUAACUACUACUGCUUGAGAGUAACCCAAGGUUUGAAGUGCACUGGGGUAGGAUUUUGGCUAAGAACCUCUGUUUAGUGGCUAGUUCUUACUGGAGACAAUGAGUAGAAUUCUUUAAACUCUCUUCUUUUUGCAGAUUUUUUUGUACUGAAGCUGGAUACUGUAUACAGUAAAGGCUAAUAAAACAACAGUUUUAAAACUA